AUGCCCAAAUACAUGCAGGUGGCUACAUGGCGACCUCAGACCUUGCCAACUCCAUUGCCCAUAAAUUUACCUUACAUCGAAGCGUCACAACUCGAGCGGGCGAGCCUAGGGUUACAUUUGCUAGCUGAUUUCCAAGCCGCAAGUGGUGAUUCACGCAUCAUCGCCGCAUUUGCGAACCAGUCAACGACUUUCCAAGGCGGAAAAAUGAACUCAAUUCCAGCUCCACCACGGACAUACCGCAAGCACUUCAUCCCUCUCGAGUCUAACCCCGAACUCUUUACCGAGCUGAUACACAAAUUGGGCUUAUCCAAGUCGCUCGAGUUCCAAGAUGUGCUGUCAUUAGACGACCCUGACUUACUCGCAUUUCUACCAAGACCUGCGUACGCGCUGAUAUUGGUUUUCCCGACGACGGAACUGUAUGAGAAGAGAGUGCGCGAUGAAGACAGUAUAUUGCAGAUGAUUGAUGGCGACCUACCUGACGGCGAUGUUCUUUUCUUCAAACAAACAAUCAACAACGCAUGUGGCUUUUUGCAAUGGAGAAGUGAGGGACAGAAUGGGCAUGCGAAUCCCGAGCAAUAUUUAUGGACCUUGGCUGACAUGCAUCAAGCCCCCGACUCCAUCAUAGCCACGAUCAAGCGAAUUGCUGAAACGCUCAAUACCGAGGAAUGCGCUUUGGCUCUUGAGGCUGAUUCGGCACUCGAGAAGGCGUACGCGCAAGUGGCUCGAAUUGGCGAUACUGAAGCGCCAGCUAAUGCGCAGGACGAAGUAGAGUACCAUUACAUCUGCUUCGUCAAGUCGCACGAGAACGGCCAUGUGUACCAACUUGACGGAGACCGCCAGCAGCCAGUCGAUCUUGGAGCGAUGGCUGUGGACGAAGACGUCUUGUCAGAUAAGUGUCUGGAUGUCAUCCGCAGCAUGAUCGCGAGCGAAGAGGGGAAUAUGAAUUUCAGCCUAAUGGCGCUUGUGCCAGCAGCCUCGUAACGGGAGGGUGCGAAUCAUAUGAGACCCACGCGUGUGCCUCAAGCAAGACGACGCAUCAGUCAAAGUAUGUAGGUAGCCAAGGAGUCACACUCUUCGUGGAAGAAAGUCUCCGAAGAGCGAGGAAGUGUGAACUAUGAAGGACCUUUUUAUUUGCUCUGGCAACAGUAUACCUAGGGUAUAGCACGAACGAUUGUACAGUCGGCAUACACCGCAGCGACGCAAGACGCG